AUGCCAGCCGGUGGUUCUGACACAACGACGUUGCCCAGAAGAUCUUUUAAAGGGAGUGAAGAAACCCCAGUGGCUGAAGAAGAGCGCGUGCCUAUAGCUAAAGGACUCGAGAUUGUAAAAGAAAUUCGUCCUGAGUACUUUUUGAAGGUAAAAAAACCCAAGAUGAAAAGUGUGGGUGGCCCGAGCAGGAUGGUUACGGUUGGAGAACACGUUGGCACUUCCGCCAGCUCAAGUAAAAAAAGGAUUCGAAUUCUCAAGGAGAAUUCUAGAGUCGCUCAUAAAAAACUCAAGCGAGCUCACAGAAAGUUUAUAGACGCAUUCGAAAAACUCAAUGCUGUAACUCUCAAAAGAGAUGAAGCUUCAUUUCGAAAAGAAGCAGUCCACACACUCUACAGGCAACUUAUCAAGGAAUAUGAAAGCGCUGCCAAUAAUGCCAUCGAGUUUUUCAAGAAUUAUAAACUUUACCAAGACCUGGCGAAGGAUGCCUUGCAUCGCAUCAUUUUCAUCACAAAGACACAAGACCAGCUCCGCGCCUACGCCGACACCAUCAAUCCAUCCAUCAAUGCCGCCAACGAUGCCGCAAACAUGGGAAAAUUACAUUCACAUUAUGUUCGUUCAGAAACUCUAUUGAAUGAGGCCAACAAUGCUGGAGAAGAUAUCAAAAAUGUCGAAAGUUUUUACAAGGAUGCUACGAAUCUUGCCGACUCGUAUUCGGAAUUAUUCCGAAAAGCUGAUCAAGAUUUAAAAAAUCAACUUCCAUUAGUUGAGUUUUACAAAACUUCUGCCAAUGCAGUCUCACACUCACUGAACUUGCUCGAUGGAGAAGUUCAACAAGCCGAGGAAGCUUUCUCAAGAGCUCAAGCCAAUCAAAAUUAUCGAGUCGCGAAAGCUCUUCAUGCAGAUAAAAAGCUCAAGGACGCUCAAGCCCGUAGAAACACCUAA